UUUUCAUAGUUUGAGUACAUGGCUCAACACCUGGUGUUUGCCAACUGCAUCCCCCUCAUUCUGAAGUUCUUCAACCAGAACAUCAUGUCUUACAUCACAGCUAAGAAUAGCAUUUCAGUACUUGACUUUCCGUACUGUGUGGUACAUGAGCUCCCGGAGCUAACUGCAGAGAGUUUGGAAGCAGGAGACAACAAUCAGUUUUGCUGGAGGAAUCUGUUUUCCUGUAUCAACCUGUUGAGGAUCCUCAACAAACUGACCAAGUGGAAGCACUCUAGAACAAUGGUGGGGGUGCUUCAUGUCUAGUUAAUGCUAACAGGUGGAUCAUGUCUGGACAAAAAUACAGUUAUAAUACUGAUCUUUUUUCUC